CAACAACAACAACAACAACGGUGACAUGAAUUCAAUGAUUAUUAAACAAAGAAAUUUAAAAUUAAUUUCACAAGAUUGUUUAGCCAUUGGUUUGAUGAUAAAAAAAUGUAGCCAUAAUAAUAAUCAUCAUCAUCACCAAUAUCGGCUAUAUCUACAUCACCAACAUCAUUAAAUCGACGACAAAGUAAUAAUAGUCCAUUAUCGAUUGUAGAUAAAGUAUCGUUAACAUCGAUAACAACAUCAUCGACAAAUAACAAUGAUCAAACAACAGCAGCAACAGCAACAAGAGUGCCAAAAACCAAUGGAAUUAUUCAAUGAAUUUAUACGAAUAAAUUCGAAAAAUAAUCAUCAUUCAUCAACAAUCGUUACUAAUUGUUUUCAACGUUUAUCAAUGGCCGGAUUUCUUUAUCCAUCAACAUUAUUGAUAAUUGGACAAACAUCAGAAACAUUGGAAACAUUGUGUUCAUUAUGGUCAAAACGUAUACUUAAAUCACCGGCUGGUUAUAUAAUAAAUUUUGUUGGAUAUACGACCAUAUUGGAAGCGAACACUAUUUGCCAAUCACAUUUUACGCCAUUAGCUGAAGCAUUAUAUCGAUGUAUUGAUGAAUUAGGUACAACAACAAAUGGACAUUUGGCAGCCACUUAUGAUCAGAUAUUAAAACGUUUGUGUUCAGAAUUUCCUAGUGUUGAAUUGCCUGCCGAUGAUAUUAUUCGCAGUACAUUGUUGGCAAUGACUGCUGAGAAUAAAUUAAAUUAUGAUAGUUAUCAUCAAACAUAUACUGUAUCAUCAAAUUUUGUACUACCAUGGGGUAUCAUGGAUGAAUUUGAAAGCCUCUCGUUAUCGGAUCGAACACCAACAAGUAAACAUACAUAUCAUACGGAAGACGGUGAUGGUGAUGAUGAUGAUGAUGUUGAUGAUGUUACCGCUACUGUUGGAUAUGAUGAUUUUUCCGAUUGUAUUGCAACGAAUAAAAAAUUACAAUUACUUCAACGUAGAAAUUCAUCAUCAAACGAUAAUAAUACUAAUAAUAAUAGCAACAGCGGUAAUCAUUAUUCAAAAACGAAACAACCAUUUCGACGAAGUAAAUCAUUUAAAUUGAAUUAUAAAACAACAACAACAACAACAAUGAUCACCAAUCAAGAUAAUAAUGGUGAUGAUGAUAUGAAUGAUAAAGAACGAACGAAAUUUGUUUGCUCACCAACCGAUUUGAUGCUUAAAAGACAAUCACUUUUAGGUAAAUUGUUUAAAUUGAAUUCAAAAGGACGUCCAUCACAACCACCACAAUCUUCUUCAUCAAGAUUACAAUCAUCUUCUACAUCACCUUCAUCAUCGAUGACAAUUCCAUUACAUUCAGAAAAAUUUCCUUAA